GCCAGUUUAUUCUUAUAUGUUCGAUUCAACAAAUUUUCUUUUGGCCUUUGGUCUAAAGCUAGCAUUUCCAAGAAAUAGCCUUAAAAUGCAUAGUUUUGGCAACAACCCUAAAGCUAAUUGAUGUUUGAUUAUCAGUUUUGCAAGUUAUGUUUGUUUCUCAUAGUCUUACAAAAACCAUGAAAUUGCUUUUGCUUUAUUGUUUCUUUUCCAUGCUUCAUGAUCUUGCUCACGGUGAUCCUCCCUAUAACCUAUGUCCAAACACCACUACUUUUACACAUAAUAGUCCAUUUCAAUUGAAUCUCAAUAGUCUCUUUGUUGCUUUAUCCUCAAAUGCUUCUGUCAAGAACUACUACAAUACCUCUAUUGGGAAUGAUCCAAAUGGUGUUUAUGGUCUCUUUCUCUGCUAUAAAUAUGUUUCGAGAAACGAUUGUGAGAACUGCAUAGCCACUGCAUCACAAGACAUCCAAAAGCUUUGUUCAAACACAGCUGAUGCAGUUGUGUGGGAAGAUGUGUGCCAAUUGCGCUACUCUAACCAAAAGUUCUUUGGCCAUUUGGAUGUUUCAGGUAACAUCCCUAAAGACAACACACAGAAUGUUUCUGAACCUGACUGGUUCAGGUCUGUCGUGAAUGACAGAUUACAUAAGCUCACUAAGAUGGCAGCUUUUGAUCCCUCAACCGGUAUGUCUGUUACCGGAUCAGUAAAUUAUACAGACGCGGACACCAUAUAUGCACUUGUGCAGUGCACUACAGACUUGGCUCCAGAUGACUGUAAUACAUGCCUUGAAACUGCGAUAAUAAAUGUUUCAAGUUGCUGCUAUUUUUCUCGAGGGGCAAGACUUCUUAGCCGGAGUUGCUAUUUGAGGUAUGAGUUCUAUGCUUUUUAUGAAGGCGCGACUGAUAAUCCUAAUUCAACUCAAAUUCAGGGUUCAGUGUCAAGUGGUGGAAGGGAGAAAUGGAUGAUUGUGAUCCUUGCAAUUGGAUCAGCAAUUUUAGUGGUUGCACUUUUGGGGUUCUGUAUCUACUGUCUUGCAGUGAGGAACAAAACUAAAAGAAGUAAAGAUUUGAACCACAAAAAUUUGCAAGGAAGGGAUGAUUUCAACCCUCAGGAAUCUCCAUUCAUUGAAUUGAGAACUCUAGAUGUUGCUACUGAUGGUUUCUCUGAUUCAAACAAGCUUGGACAAGGUGGUUUUGGCCCUGUUUACAAGGGUAUACUACCAGAUGGGAAGGAAAUAGCAGUGAAGAGGCUCUCGAGCAAUUCUGAGCAAGGGUCAGAUGAAUUCACAAACGAAGUUCUACUAAUACUGAAACUUCAACACAAAAAUCUUGUCAGGCUUUUGGGAUUUUGUGUAGACGGAGAGGAGAAGCUGCUCAUUUAUGAAUACAUGCCGAACAGCAGCUUGGAUGUCUUCCUCUUUGAUUCCAGAAAACGCGCGCAACUUAACUGGAGUAGACGCCUAAAUAUUAUUAAUGGAAUUGCCAGGGGAAUGCUAUAUCUUCAUGAGGAUUCUCGACUUAGAAUCAUUCAUAGAGACCUUAAAGCUAGCAACGUUUUACUAGAUGUUGACAUGAAUCCAAAGAUCUCAGACUUUGGAAUGGCAAGGAUCUUUGGAGGAAGUGAUGGUGAAGCUAAUACUGCUAAGAUUGUUGGGACCUAUGGAUAUAUGGCUCCAGAGUUUGCCAUGGAAGGACUAUAUUCCGUAAAGUCUGAUGUCUUUAGCUUUGGGGUUCUCUUGCUAGAGAUCAUUACUGGAAGAAGGAAUGCCGGAUUCCAUCUCUCCAAACGUGGCCCUAGCCUUCUAGCAUAUGCAUGGCAAUUAUGGAAUGAAGGAAGAGGGUUGGAAUUGAUCGAUCCUUUACUGAUGGAUUCAUACUGCCCUGAUGAAUUUUUGAGAUGCAUGCAUAUUGGACUAUUGUGUGUUCAAGAAUAUGCAUAUGAAAGGCCUACCAUGUCAUCUGUUGUUGUCAUGAUUAAAAGUGAAACUGUAACUCUUGGCCCCCCUGAACGACCUGCCUUCUCUGUGGGGAGGUUCACUGAUCACUACGAAGCAAAUGAUAACAAUGUUUGUUCUUUUAACGGUUUAACAAUUUCAAAUAUCACACCUAGCCCAUUUGAAGACAACCUCAAGAACCUUCUUGAUAACAUAUCUUAUAGUACUCCUCACAAUAAAGGCUUUUAUAACACCUCAAUUGGAAAUGACACUAACCAAGUCUAUGGGCAAGCGCUUUGUAGAGGGGAUGUCACUCCCAGAGUUUGCCAGAACUGUGUUGAGAAUGUAAGCCUAGAGAUCAUGGAGGAGUGCAAAAGUCAAGCUGCAGUUAUAUGGUAUGAAAAAUGUCAAAUUCAAUACUCGUACCGUAUGUUCUUUAACACCCUGCAGCCUUACACCUUUAAGUUUCCAGACUGGAAUAAUCAGAUGAGAAAUGUGUCGGAUCCAGUUCCUUUCAGUGCGGCUCUUACGAGUUUCAUGAAAAACCUUUCAACUAAGGCUGAAAUUGAUCCUUCUAAGCUCAUGUUUGCAACUGGAAACAUCAAAUUUUCAAGGAUAGAAACGAUAUAUGGGCUUGUGCAGUGUACGAGGGAUAUCUCUCCUACUGACUGCAGUGGUUGUUUGAAUUCUGCCUUAACAGAACUUGAAGGAUGCUGCAAUUAUCGUCAAGGUGAAACUAUUUUUAGCAGGAAUUGUAAUGUGAGGUUUGAGCUGUACCGCUUUUUUGAUGACUCAACCGGCAAUGAUUAUGACACACAUAUGAUCUGGCCUAUUUAUAGUUGGCCAUAUCGAAUCAAUGGACUAACUCUUGCAGGUGGCCUAGAACAGCAGAGCAUUUUUGCCUUGAAAAACAAGGGACAAAUGGAGGAUUUGGGUUGCUGUAGCAGUAGGCUGCGUAUCAACAUUUGUGCUAGCAGUAUUAAUUUGGUACCAUGCCAUUCAUCCCAGAAAGAGGAGGAAGAGAACACAGAUAGACUUGGUUCUCAGGAAUUGCCAUUCAUGGAGUUGUCAACAAUAGUGGCAGCUACAGAUAACUUCUCUGAUUCAAAUAAGCUUGGACAAGGUGGUUUUGGCAGUGUUUACAAGGGUGUGAUAUCAUGUGGGAAUGAAAUAGCAGUUAAAAGACUGUCAAGGAAGUCAUGGCAAGGAUUAGAGGAGUUCAAGAAUGAGGUCAUAUUGAUUGCUAAACUUCAACACAAAAACCUCGUGAGACUCGUGGGAUGUGGCAUAGAGGGAGAAGAAAAGCUGCUUGUAUAUGAGUACAUGCCCAACAAAAGUCUUGAUAUGUUCAUAUUUGAUUCAGAAAAACGCUCACAGCUUGAUUGGGAGAUUUGUCAUAACAUUAUCAAUGGAAUUGCCCGAGGACUACUUUAUCUUCAUGAGGAAUCGAGGCUAAAAAUCAUUCAUGGGGACCUAAAGCCUAGUAAUGUUCUCUUGGACAGUGAAAUGGUUGCAAAGAUUUCAGAUUUUGUAAUGGCGAGGAUUUUCUGUGAAAACCAAAAUACAGCCAACACCAGAAGGGUUGUAGGAACAUAUGGAUAUAUGGCUCCGGAGUAUGCAAUGGAGGGACUAUUCUCAGUCAAAUCUGAUGUGUUCAGUUUUGAAGUGAUUUUGCUUGAGAUCAUAAGUGGGAAAAAGAAUAGUGGUUUCUAUUUAACCGGACAAGCUCAGACUCUUCUUGCAUAUGCUUGGCGACUAUGGAAUGAAGAUAGAGAAUUGGAACUUACAGAUCCAUUGUUGACUAUAUCAUGCCCCAUGGUGGAGGUUGUAAGAUGCAUUCAUAUUGCGCUUUUGUGUGUCCAGGAAGAUCCAGCAGACAGGCCAACCAUGUCAUCUUUAGUUGUUCUGUUGGGAAGAGAAUCAUUAGCACUUCCAGAACCAAGACAACCUGCAUUUUCUGUGGGGAGAGUUGUUCAAAUUGACCAACCUUCAUCUACAGAUGCUUCUGUAAAUCAGCUUACGAUUUCUAGUAUAUCCCCGCGUUAAGUGCUGCCA